AAGUUCCUGGAAACGCUUCUUUUGUGUUCAUGCUGAUUUAUCGGUUAUCAGGCGGCUCGGUGGACUCGGUCUGUCCGCAGCGCAGUGACGGGCGGACCGUGGACGGACACCGUGUUCGGGACAUUCGCGGUGCUUUUUUAGCUAUCUGGGAAACGGAAAUAAAUCGGUGUUUUUCUGUUUGUUUACCGUUUUCACCGGAGCGCUGCAGCUCUGACUGACUGACUGACUGACGGCUGAGAUCUGACGGCUGGAGCAAGACCCGCCAUUUGUGCAUUAAACUUAAAGCACAGAGAACCAUAAACACAUACAUGAGAGGGACUCUGCUGUGGAUUUUAGACCGUAAAUGUUGCCCGGCAUGUGGGGCUGUUCGUGGAGAAUUAACUGGCAUCGCUGGUCCUGAGCCAACGGCUUUGGCUAGUUAGCAGCAGCUAGCUCAGACAGCAAAGCUCUUAGUAGAAACCGGUGCAAGCCCCGUCCCACGCCAGAGGGUCUGCCGGUCGGGUCUGUCCAAUGACCUGCCAGUCCUCCGAGUCCACAGAAACCCUCGAGAGCGACCGCCGAGCCGACGCCAACGCCACCGCUGUGGAAUCAGACGAGAGCACCAUCGCCGUAGCCAUGAAGGACCUGAAGAACACAGGCUGGUACUGGGGCAGCCUGACCGCCAACGAAGCCAAAGAGAUCCUGCAGGACGCCUCGGAGGGGACCUUCCUGGUGCGGGACAGCUCCCAGCGGGACUACCUGUUCACCAUCUCGGCCAUGACGUCGGCCGGCCCCACCAACCUGCGCAUCGAGUACAAACACGGCAAGUUCAAGCUGGACUCGGUGGUCCUGGUGAAGCCCAAGCUGAAGCAGUUCAGCAGCGUGGUGCACCUGGUGGAGCACUACGUGCAGCUGUCCCGCGCCAGCGACAAAGCAGCAGCAGUGGCGGCAUCAGCGGCGGCUGUGGCAUCGAACUCUCAGCCCAACGGCACGGUGCAGCUGCUGCUCACCAAGCCGGUGUACACGGCCACGCCGGCGCUGCAGCACCUCUGCCGCAUCGCCAUCAACCGGAGGACGCGGCGCGUGCAGGAGCUGCCGCUGCCCAACAGGCUGAAGGACUACCUGACAGACUACACCUACAACGUGUAGCGGAUUCAAUCCCAUCAUGCACUGCUCCGAUAGGAACCGGCAGCAAUAACCAGCCGGAGGGACACACCUCCGCGGGACGUCCGGUCGACAGUCGAAGGUUGAAGUCCCUGAAGUUGCCGUGAACUUGUGCCGCUGCAGUACAAGGUCCAAAACACUUGUAUGACCCGUCAGUACUGCUCUGUUGUACUUUUUUAUUUUUUUUAAAGAUUUAUUUUAGAGAGAGAGACAGAGAGAGAUCACAGGUCGGACUCGAAUGCUGGACCUCUGCGUCGAGGCAUACAUUUCUAUGUAUAUGUGCGCCUGCUCUGCCCACUGAGCCAACCCGGCCACUUUGCUCUGCGGUACUUUAACCAACCACAACGUGAGUUUAAGACCUUCCUCCGCGGCGCUGUUGAGGACGGUCUGGACAUGUUUCAUCACAUGUCAUUUAGCUGACACUUUUAUCCAAAGCAACUUCCAAUUGCUAUAUACGUCAACUAGGGGUUAAGUGUCUUGCUCAGGGACACCUUGGUUGAUGCAUGGCAGUGGGAAUCGAACCUGGGUCUCCCACACCAAAGGCACGUGUCAUAUCCACUGCGGCAUCACUACUUGGUCAGUGGUUAUUGGACCUGUCCAGUUAAACGCCACAUACUGUUGUGUUGAUCUAGAUUACUGUCAAAACGUUCGCUUUCUUCCGAGUCGACUAUUAAACCAACAGCUCCACCAAAAACAUCGGCGCGGUGGGUCCGUUCUAAGUGCAGGUUGUUCGGACAGACCUGCCCCCACUGCUCAAAACAAUCCUAAAGGAAACCCUGCAGCCAUAGUAAAAACAAACAACACAGACAGCAUGUACAAACAGUAGUGCGUACUAUGGUCCAACAUGGUGUCGUGCAAUGCAUUAGUUAAACAUUGCUCAAAAUAAAUAAAAAGAGAUCACAAGUACAAGAACUACAAUUCUCCAUCGUCAUGCAGGCCUGUUCUGCCUUUUUCUUGUGGCCAUUUAGGAGCUUAAUAGAGACUGGGCUACAUGAGUUGUUGAAAGGGUUAAGUCUGCAGAGAGGAACUCUAACCCCCGUCCUACCGGAGGGCAGCAGCUCAUACUCUGCGUGCAGAACGUGAGACUUGGCGCUAACAAGCCUGUUCAUAAAUACUCUGCGUGGAUAAGAGCUCUUUAACACCAGUGAUCUUCCAUGCAGUAUGAAUCAAGCCUACGCUUUAGUUUUUAACUGCACAGGGAGCUGUGAGACCGUACCUGACCACGCUCUCCACGACUGCCUGAUCAAAUAUCAACAUCACUUUUUUAUUGACGCCAUGAAUUCGCAAACGUAAGAAAUGCAACCGGUCUGCAGCAGAGACUGUCGACACGCGUGCUCCAUUUAGUGACUCGUCAACAUAAACGCCAAACGCCAUUCGCACCGGCCCAGUGGCCAUAGGAACUGACCUUUUGUUAUUCUAAUCACAGCCAUCUAACCACCACUAUGUGGAGAGGGGAGAAGGGAAAAGAGCCUGCUCUGAAGUAGGAGCUGAAAGAGUUAAAAAAAAAAAAACAGUUCUAGUAAUUUUAUGUUCUA